AUGUCGCUCUACCGAUCGAUCGUGGCGUUAUCGCUGCUGCUGCUGCUGAGCCAUCGGGGCAGGCUCGAGCCGCUGCCGCUCGGAGAUUCUUCUUUGCCGAGUCAGCGAGAUUUGGACGAUGCCGCCGACUUUGGUAUCCAGGCGAUGAACGACCUGUACUCGACGACCGAGCCGAAGCUUUACGAAAUGGGCUUGUUCCUGAAGGCCGACGAGCCGGCCCGUUACCUGGCCGCCUUCAACGAGCAGAGCGACGACGCCAGACAAUUGGCCAAGCUCGGCUACGCUUCCAUCGAAGCCGCCAAGCGCAUCCGCAGCAAGUUUCCGAACGUGGUGCGCUUGAAGCAGGCGUCGGGGGCCGCGUCCAGCCAACUGCCCGACUGCCCGAGGAGGGGAAUCGUGCCGCAGUGCCCCCCGGCCAGCCUCAGGUACAGAACGACCGACGGCAGCUGCAACAACCUCCGGGAGCUGUGGUGGGGCUCGGCCAUGUCGACGAUGCAGCGCUUCCUGCCGGCGGCCUACGAGGACGGCAUCGAGAGCGUCCGGCGAUCGGUCACGGGGGCCGAGCUGCCGAGCGCGCGCCGGCUCAGCGACCAGCUGCACGAGGAGCGCGACGAGCCGCUCAGCUCGGUCAGCCACAUGCUCAUGCAGUGGGGCCAGUUCGUCGACCACGACAUCACGGCCACCGGCCAGAGCCGAGGCUUCAGGGGCAGCGUGCCCCAGUGCUGUCGCCAGGGGGGCGCCGCCUUCCAGCCCCGAGACUCCAUGCACCCCGACUGCCUGCCCAUCGCCGUGGAGGCCGACGACAGCCACCUGGGCCGCUUCGGGAUCAGGUGUCUCGAGUUCGUGCGCAGCGGGCCAGCCCCGCGCGAGGACUGCGGCUUCGGGCCCAGAGAGCAGCUGUCCCAGGUGACGAGCUUCAUCGACGCCUCGACCGUCUACAGCAGCAGCGCCAAGCAGAGCGACGCCCUUCGGCUCUUCCGCAAUGGUCUCAUGCAGUACGGGAAACAGGCGGCCGAGCGACCACUGCUGCCGAAGCGACGCGACCUCGAGUCUGACUUGUGCAGGCGGGGCUCCCUGUCGACGAGCUGCUUCCAGGCCGGGGACGCGCGUCUCUCCGAGCAGCCUGCCCUCAUCGGGCUGCACGUCGUCUUUCUGCGGCUGCACAAUCGCCUGGCCACGCGCCUCUCCAGCCUCAAUCCGCACUGGUCGGACGAGCGACUGUUCCAGGAGACGCGCCGCAUCGUCGGGGCCCUCGUCCAGCACAUCACCUACCGCGAGUUCCUGCCCAUCGUCCUCGGGCCCGACGUCAUGGGCAUCUUCGACAUCGAGCUCCGCCGCAAGGGAUACUACGACGGCUACGAUCCCAGCGUCAAUCCCAAUAUAGCCAACAGCUUCGCCGCGGCGGCUUACCGAUUCGGCCACUCGCUCGUGCAGCGGACCUUUGCCCGCUUUGACAGCCAGCACCAGCCUUUGCUCGACAACGUAACGAUCCACGAAGAGUUUGCGCAUCCGUCGAACCUCGAGGCGGCCGGAGCCGUCGAUCGGAUCAUCCUGGGCCUGGUGAACCAGCCGGCCCAAAGGCGCGAUCGGUUCAUCUCGCGCGAGCUGACUCGCCACCUGUUCCAAUCCGGGGCGUCGGGUUUCGGCCUCGAUCUGGCAGCCAUCAACAUUCAGCGGGGCCGCGACCACGGCAUACCCAGCUACGCGUCGUGGCGCGAGGCCUGCUCGCUCGGGCCCAUCCGCGACUGGAACGACGUGGCCAAGGUGAGCUCGGUCGAGGCGGCCGCCAAGUUCCAGCGGCUGUACGCCUCGGCCCUGGACCUCGACCUGUUCUCGGCCGGUCUGGCGGAGCGACCCGUGGCGGGUGGACUCGUCGGGCCGACGUUCGCCUGCAUCAUAGCUCAGCAGUUCCGGGCGCUGCGCAAGGGCGACCGCUUCUGGUACGAGAACGACCAGCCCCAGAGCGGCUUCAGUCCCGAGCAGCUCAAGCAGAUUCGCCGGAGCUCGCUGGCUCAGCUGCUCUGCGCCACGGCCGAGCGCGUCGAGAGCAUCCAGCCGUUCGUCAUGCUGAUGGCCGACUCGCUGCGCAACAAGCGCCUCUCCUGCCGCCAAGAGGCCCUUCUUCAGCCGAUGGACCUCGAGCCGUGGCGCGAGUCCUCGCCGAGGGCCUCGAGACGGACGGGUGCCGCGCCGGCCCAUCAUCAGGCGCAGCAGCAGCAGCAGCAGCAGCAACGACCCGUCAAACAGCCGACGCGCACCCGCAUCAGCCAGAACAAUCGGGUCCAGGUGGCGAGGCCCGUCGGCUCCCGGGACAACCUCACCAUCGUCGUGCACAACACCGCCGUCAAUGCUCCGAUCUUCGUCUCGGACUCCGUCUACGGUUCGGACGUCAGGCUCGGGCAAUUUUUACCCCCGGCCAGCGCGGCUCCGACUCAAGCCCUUCCUUCCACUCCUGUGAACCAAUCUCCGGCUAACCCGCCGAGACCUCCGACUUACUAUCCGCACAACUUCAACGAUCCCAACAAUCCGGACCCUCCGCUCUACGGCUACGAAUCGCUACCGCAGCUCAUUCGCAGUCACCUGCUCGCGGCUCAGCGCCAGCACAAUCAGUUCGCCACCCUCCAAUCGCCCGUGGAGUCCGCAGCCUCGGUGACUUCCUCUUCUGGGACGGACGUUCACGAGCUGGAUUACACCGACCAAAAUCCAAAUGACGAUCCGGCUUUUAGAAUCGCCAACGAUCGAUCUCCGCCGUUAGGGCAGCAGAACGAGGAUUCAACGACACAGACGCAAUCCGACGACGCGGAUAUCUGGAAUCGACUGCCGAAACCUCUGAAACUCAGAUGACGCUUACCGCUGGAUGAGACAUAGUUUCUGGGAAGCUGCCACCGAGGAGCAAUGAUAUUUCGCGCAAUUAUGACUCAUACCGAUUCCUCAUAACGCUGCUAUCCGAUCAUCUACUCUUAUUUAGUUAAGGAGGUUCGGGAGUCUCAGAGGGGGACGAAGCGGGACGCGAGGGGCUCCUAUACUUCCAAUGUUAAAUUUUCAGCGCUGCCAACUUCGAAAUAACACGAAAUUGUAGGUUUUUUCAAUGAGCUGGCACACAAUUAUAGCUAUUAUUAAUAAUUCAAUCAUUUUGAUGAGUUUUUUUCGAUGUUUUAGGCUUAAAACAAUACUCUAUUUGUCAUUAGAGUCGAAUGAGCACAUAUUUUUGUUGUUCUAGCUCAUUUGUUGGUUAGGGUACGCGCAAAUGACCCACGAAUUUUUACACAUAACAAUUUAUUUCUCGAUAACUAAGCGGUCUAUGAACUUCUUUUUGCAGUCAAAUUAUUCCUUAUUAAAUUUCCUACAUGUACGUAUUUUUUUCUAUUUAGUUUUUGUUUUUUUACAUUAUGUUUAUGCUC